AGUAAAAACGAACGAGAGUAAAUCAAUACACAAGCGGUGUUACUCUAAAUUCUAAAUUUCACCUGCGAACCGGUUACGGUCUUAGGCCCGGCAUUGCGCCAUGGCCUGCAGCCCUCCCGAAACUGGCCCUGGCGAUGGCUGCCCCAUGCAGUUCCAGCUGCAAGUCAUAGUAAUUUCAGUGAAGUUGAAGGAGAGCAAGAGGAACUGGUUUGGUUCAAGCCUGUAUGUGGAGGUGACCGCUGAUGGACAGUCCAAGAAAACUGAGAAAUGCAGCAGCGCGAACAGCCCCAAGUGGAAGCACCCGCUCACUGUAAUUGUCUCACAGUCCAGCAAAGUGACUUUCAGGGUGUGGAGCCAACAGCCUCUCAAGUCAGAUCGGAUGCUGGGCGUGGCAACGCUCGACAUCAAUGAAACGCUCGAGAGCAACGACAUGAAGAUCUGUGAGGUGGUGCAGAUGUUGCAACUGUUUUCAGACAAAGAGCCGACGGACGUCGUGGGAGAUCUUUGUGUACGUCUGGACGGGACGCAGGUCGACCCGGACGCAUCUGCCGCUGCUGAAGACAAUAACCAAAGCACAUCAAAUGGAGAUUUGCAGAAUAAUGAGGACACAAGCACAAGGAGAAGCAGAGAGGCUUCUCCGAGUGUGACCAACGUCCCCAACGGACGCGCCGUCAACGGAUCCGGCUCUCCCUCUGUAGCAGGUCGGGCAUCACAUAACCAGAGGCCACCCAGACCCUCCCGACCACCUCCACCCACCCCACGCCGACCGCUGUCCUCUCCAGCAAGCACCUCUGAUGGUUCAGUACCGGAUGGCAGCGACUCCUCUAAUGCAGAGACACCAGUGCGGGUCCCAAAGGCCACGCCUGAACCCGCCCCAGUCACCCCUGUGUUAGCCAGGAUGCCCAACGCCAGCACCGAGCCUCUGCCACCCGGGUGGGAGAAGCGAGUGGACCAGGAGGGCCGAGUGUACUUUGUGGAUCAUGUGGAGAAGCGGACAGCGUGGGAGAGACCUGAACCGCUGCCUGCUGGCUGGGAGCGUCGCGUGGACCCGCAGGGCCGAGUGUACUUUGUGGAUCACACGACCCGGACGACCUCGUGGCAGCGCCCCACUGUGGAGACAGUGCGCAACUAUCAGCAGUGGCAGCACCAGAGGAGCCAGCUACAGGGAGCAGUCAUGCAGCAGUUCAACCAGCGUUUUAGCUACGGGAAUAGAGAGUCUGACCCUCUUGGUCCACUUCCAGCUGGAUGGGAGAAGAAAACUGACUCUAAUGGUCGAGCGUAUUUUGUGCACCACGCGACUCGAUCCACUCAAUGGGAGGACCCUCGUGCUCAAGGGCUGGCGAAUGAGAAGCCGUUACCAGAAGGUUGGGAGAUGAGAUUCACGGCGGAUGGGAUCCCGUACUUUGUGGAUCACAACAAAAGAGCCACCACAUACAUCGACCCCCGGACGGGCAAAUCAUCACUAGAAAACAACCCUCACUUAUCACCUAUCACCUACGUGCGAGACUUCAGAGCCAAAGUUCAGUACUUCCGAUACUGGUGUCAGCAAUUAGCUAUGCCGCAGCACAUUAAGAUCACAGUGAGUCGCAAAUCGCUGUUUGAAGACUCCUUCCAGCAGAUUAUGAGCUUUAAUCCUCCAGACCUUCGCAGAAGACUGUGGAUCACCUUCCCAGGGGAGGAGGGACUGGACUACGGUGGUGUCGCAAGGGAGUGGUUCUUCCUGCUGUCCCAUGACGUGCUCAACCCUAUGUACUGCCUGUUCGAAUACGCCGGCAAGGAGAACUAUUGUCUGCAGAUCAAUCCAGCCUCGUCCAUCAAUCCAGAUCAUCUCAAAUACUUCAGAUUCAUUGGCCGCUUCAUUGCUAUGGCUUUAUUUCAUGGAAAAUUAAUAGAUACCGGAUUCUCGCUGCCGUUCUACAAGCACAUCCUGAACAAACCUCUCACCCUUAACGAUCUGGAGUCCAUGGACCCCGAAUUCUACAACUCACUCAUCUGGAUUAGAGAUAAUAACCUUGAGGAGUGUGGACUGGAGAUGUUCUUCGCUGUGGAUAAGGACAUCCUAGGGGAUGUCACCACCCACCAGCUGAAACCUGACGGAGAAAACAUUCAGGUCACCGAGGAGAACAAGGAGGAGUACAUCAGGCUCGUGGCUGAUUGGAGGUUGUCUCGAGGUGUGGAGGAGCAGAGACAGGCUUUCCUAGAAGGCUUCAACGAGGUCCUGCCUCAGCAAUACCUGCAAUAUUUUGAUGCCAGAGAGUUAGAGGUGCUGCUGUGUGGCAUGCAGGAGAUUGAUAUGGCUGAUUGGAAGAAGAACACAAUCUACAGACAUUACACACCCAACAGUAAGCAGAUCGUCUGGUUCUGGGAGUUUGUUAAGGAGAUGGACAAUGAGAAGCGAAUGCGCCUGCUGCAGUUUGUCACCGGGACGUGCCGCCUGCCCGCGGGGGGCUUCUCUAACCUCAUGGGGAGCAACGGACCACAGAAGUUCUGCAUUGAGAAAACAGGAAAGGAAAACUGGCUGCCCAGGAGCCACACCUGUUUUAACCGGUUGGACCUGCCGCCGUAUAGAAGCUACGAGCAGAUGAAGGAGAAACUGCUCUUCGCUAUCGAGGAGACUGAGGGAUUCGGUCAGGAGUGACACCAAAGCAAACAGGGAGAUUUUAUAACUUCUUAUACACUGGAUAUAAAGCCGUCAUUUAGCACGCCGAUGAACCAACCAUCCUCUGUAUGUCUGUACUGGCUUUUCCGUUCUGUACCAACGCUUUUCACAACCCUUUUAACUGGAGAUUUAUUUUAUCAUACGAGAUUUUUAUUCAUUUAGUUUUAAAUACGUUCAAUAUUUAGAUCUGAAAUCAUUCAAAGCAGCGUCUUCAUGGCUCAGGAAUCACUGUAACCACACUGGACGUUCCGAUCCGAUAUCACACUCUUCAGUCUUUUACAUAAUCACUGGCUCUGUGCCGUCUUUAAUCUCUCAUAAUCGUACACUUGAUGUUUCCAAAGCCUGGUCAGCCUGGUCACUGUGAAGAUAUUAAAUAUCGGAUGAGUAUCGUUAUCAGGUACUCAUCUAAAACUAGCAUCUGUGCGGCUGGCAAAACGUAAUUGUUGCUGUUGUUACUUGUAAUCAAGGCUCUCCAGCGUGAACAGAAUAUUGGAUAUAUUCCUCAUGGUGAUAAAUUAUGAAUUGUUAUGGCCCGUUUUUUACUGCUAAAUUACCGAAGUGUUUUGGUUUGUUGCCCAUAUCGCCCAACACUUUUACCUUUCAGUUAUCAUCCAAAAUAAAAAGAAAUUUACAGGCCAGUUAGUCAUUGGCUAGAUCAGUUCUUGGCCCCAAUGAUCAUGCGAUUCUACUUCUAUACAUCGGUGACGCCAACAUUAUCAUCUGGACCCAUAAUCAUUUGCAUUUGUUUCAUUGUUCAAAUCUCAGUUUGAGGAUUUGAUUGGCCGCAGUUGUGCUUGCAUCGUGACCACGAAUACAUUCUACCUACGAGGUGUACGGGCAGAAGCAAAUCAACAGCACAGCACUCCAAAAAGCCCCUGGUCUUUUAUGUUCUACAACAGAGGAUCCAGUAGAUCCUACACAGAGAACAUACUAACGUUUAUGUUUUAAAGCCCUUUUUGGAGGCAUGUCCCAUCCAAAUGCACAUCAUGAACACAAUAUCUCAAAAGUGAUAUUGGUACAUUGUUAGUUUAGUGGGCACAUUUGCAAAAGGCUGUAAUGUACACUCUACUGCCAAAAGUAUGUGGACACCUGACGAAAUUGUUGGCCAAACCAUUGCAGUUAGCCCUUCCACUUUUGUGUGUUCAACAGCCCCCGGUCGUUAGUGUGUCUGUGGGAAUUUGUGAGGUCAUACCUUGGUGUUCCAGCUGGAAGCAUAUUGUAUUCAAAGCGACUUACAGUUAUGACUGAACACGAUUUUGAGCAAUUGAGGGUUAAGGGCCUUGCUCAGGGACCCAACAGUGGCAACUUGGUGGUGGUGGGGCUUGAACCGGCAACCUUCUGAUUACUAGUCCAGUACCUUAACCACUGAGCCACCACUCCACGGGUGUCUAAAUACAUUCAGCUGUAGUGUGUGUAUACACUGAUAAAGCCCAGACUUCUAUAGAAACUUUACUGCACUGUCAAUUAUAAACUACUGAUCAUUACUGGGAUUUACGUUGUGUGUGGUGAAUGAGAAAACGAAGCAAGAUGAAGCUUUGUUCUAAAACAACUAUCAACUACUUUUCAUUACGUCUGGACACACUUUGUGAUGGAGCCUGAAUAAAGCAGCGCCGGUUUGAAGAUUCACUUGUAGAACGAGGACACUCGUACUAAAGAUGUGGAUCAGUGAUGAGCGUCGUCGUUUAAUUCAGUCUUGUGAAAAUCUGCGUACACCUCUGGUCAAAUUCCACGUUUUACGUUUCCACAUUUUAAUGCAGUUUUAUUUUUACCUUGGCAUGUAAAAAGAUCCCCCCCCCCAAUCAGCAACACCCCGGACCCACAGAGAACCCACAGUGAAUAGCAGAUACUGAUUGAGAUAUACAGUAACUGUGAAGCAGUUGAGAUGAUGGGGUUUAGUUUUGAGCUGCUGCUUCGUCUUCUUUCUGCCGCUUCUGUCAGGGGCGGCUACAGCUCAUCAUUUUGUUCUAACUAUAACUGUGAGGUAAAUUUGAUUUAUCAGUGUAAAUAUUUACACACACACACACACACACACUAUAUGUCUAAAAGUGUGUGGAUACCCCUCCUAAUGAUUGAAUUUAAGAAAGGGCACAAAUUCCCACACACAGUAGAAAGGCUUACCAGAAUCAUUAUUUUGGAAUAUAAUGUCCAACAAGCUCAUGCUCAGGUGUCCCAAUACUUUUGUCCAUAUAGUGUGUAUUUUUUUUUCCUGGAGUUGAAUCAUCAAUACUGCAUUUUAAUGCUAAUAAUUUUCUGAUGCCUUUUUUCUAUCACGUUUAAAUGAUACUGAACAGCUCGACUCUGUAAAUGAUCUGAAUCUUGUAUAUUGUGUGAAUAUUUUAUCGAUCUCUUCUUUAGAGGCUUAAAAUGAAGUGUUGAGGCGGCUCGUUUGAAAGCCUCUCCGGAUAUUCUGCACCUUUACUGGCUGGUUUGUUUGUAAAUUCUGUAAUAAAAAGGUUGAAUAAAUAAAUAGUUCUAUGGGUAAAA